AUGGCAGAAGAAUGGGGCGUGAGCCAGGUGUCGGCUCUCGUGGGUAUCACAACCUUCACGACCGGUUUCGCUCUGACACCGAUGGUUUUGGCCCCCAUAUCCGAGGUGUGGGGGAGAAAGCUGGUUUUCACGCUGACUGGCGUCCUAUUCGUGGCCUGCCAGAUUGGCUGUGCCGUCACACAGUCUUACCCCGGCAUGCUAGUUCUGCGAUUCUUUUCCGGUGUAGGAAGCUCCACCUACUCAAGCAUGGUUGGGGGUGUAAUCUCGGACGUCUACGGCCCCAAAGAGAGAAACACGCCAAUGGCCAUUUUCUCCGGCGGUGCCCUCUUUGGAACUGGGUUGGGACCCCUCCUUUGCGGCUUCAUCGUCCAGCAUCUGGGGUGGCGAUGGAUUUUCUGGGUUCAAUCCAUUGUCAACGCCAUCGUGGUCCUAGCACUAUUUGUCUUUGUCCCGGAGACUCGGCAGAAUGUCUUGCUCCGCCGCAAGGCCGCGGCACUGAACCACUGGUACGAUGAUAUUGGGACCAAAUCAGCCGUCAACUUCAGGGUGACAUCUCCAAAUACCCAGCAGGUCAUCAUGUGCGAGAGUAUCGUGUGGAAGUUCGAGCAUGACAAAGAACAUGAAUCGAUCGUGCGAAAGAUUGCUACAUCAGCGACGCUUCCAUUCGCGCUUCUGUUCACUGAGCCGAUCGUGUUCUUCUUCUCGCUGUGGGCCGCCUUCAGCUGGGCCAUCCUUUAUCUUGGAUUCGCCGCUGUCCCGCUCAUUUUCACUCACGUUUACGGCUUUGACCUAUCGUCAGCGAAUGCGGUCCUCGCGAGCUCAUGCGCGGCAUCCGUCAUCGCCACGGUUGUGAGCAUCUGCCAAGAGCGUUGGCUAGACGGACUUUCGAACCCCAGGUUACCACUGCAUCGCCCCGAGCGACGGCUAUACUUCAGUUGUGUCGAGAGCAUCUGCCUACCAAUUGGAUUGUUCGUGUUCGGAUGGACAGCACGUAUCCAGAUCCACUGGAUCGUCCCAGCCAUAGGUAUUGGCAUUUCCACACUGGGCAUCUACUCCGUCUACCUGGCCGUUUUCAACUACCUCGCCGACAGCUAUCAUGGCUACGCAAGCUCCGCUCUGGCAGCACAAUCGUUCUGUCGUAAUUUCAUUGGCGGAAUCUUCCCGCUUGUGACCGUGCAGAUGUAUACCAAUCUCGGGUACGGACCGGCGUCGAGUUUGCUCGGCGGCAUUGGGCUUCUUCUCACCGCAGGCCCCUGGGUCCUCGUCGCAUACGGCGAAACAAUUCGGUCAAAGAGUCGGUUCGCCAACAAACUCGGCCAAUGA